CAUGCCACAGUUUAGUUUGCUCGUUUCGUUUAUUUUACUACAGUUGAAUUUUGACUCCUAAUCAUGACGCUUACGCGACGCGCACUACUUUCAGCCACAUUGGCCUUUGUACUGUCCGCCACACUAGCGUUGCCGCCAUGCGACCGCGACGAUGAGGAUUGCCGCGACAGUCGCAUGCAUCCGGAUCUGCCCGCACUGCCUCAAGGCCGGGCUGAGCUACGCAAAUAUGAUGGCGAGGACACUAACGACUAUUGGCUGGACCAGGGCAAGGAGUUCAUCAAGAUGAAGUUUGCUGAGACACUCAAUACCAAAAAGGCGAAAAAUGUUAUUCUCUUCCUCGGCGAUGGCAUGGGUGUUACCACACACUCGGCGGCGCGCAAUCUCAUUGGCGGUGAAGAAAAAUAUUUCUCCUUUGAGAAAUUCCCCUACACAGGCUUGUCGAAAACUUACUCAAUCGAUCGUACGGUUCCCGAUUCGGCAAACACCGCUACUGCGUAUUUGUGUGGCGUGAAAGCCAUGUAUGGCACAAUCGGAUUGAGCGGAGGAGUUGAGCGUGAAGAUUGCAACGCUACGCUGAGUGCUCAGAACCAAGUUUUUUCCAUCGCCAAGUGGGCAAUGGAUGCUGGCAAGUCGGCUGGUGUUGUUACGACUACCAGAAUAACACACGCCUCGCCAGCAGGCGUUUAUGCCCACAUCGCGGAACGUGAUUGGGAGGAUGACAGUGAGGUGAAGGCAUCCUGUGGCGCAGAGACCCAAGUGCAGGAUAUUGCAUAUCAGCUGAUACAUGGCGAGGUUGGCAGCAAAUUGUCAUUAAUGAUGGGUGGUGGCAAGAGACAUUUUGUGGACAGUAAAUUAUAUGCGAAUGGCACACGAAGUGAUGGUCGCAAUUUGAUCGAUGAAUAUCAAAAACUCAGCGCAAAGAAUGCCUUUGUGGAGUCCCGAACUGAGUUGAACAAUUUGAACUUGGAGGAAGUUGAACGCGUGUUGGGCAUUUUUAGUGACAGUCACUUGAAGUAUCAUCUGGAGAUAGACGCAAACUCACGUCAGCCCACACUGGAGGAGAUGACGCGCAAGGCGAUUGAAUUCUUAAGUCGCAACGAAAAGGGUUACUUCAUUUUCAUUGAAGGCGGACGCAUUGAUACCGCUCAUCACGACACCUACGCUCGUCUUGCGUUGGAUGAAACUGUCGAGUUCUCCAAGGCCAUCGCUGCGGCACGUGAGUUGACCAGUGAAGAUGAUACUUUGAUUGUCGUCACGGCGGAUCAUUCGCACUCCUUCAGCUACUCAGGUUAUCCAUACCGUGGUAAUGAUAUUUUCGGUCGCGCUCCUGCCACACCAGUUGAUAGUAAGCCGUACAUGACCCUAAGCUACGCAAAUGGUCCUAGUUACGAGACAUUCUAUGAUACCGUGAAUAAAGUUCGUCGUGAUCCCACAACCAUCAUAACUGGUGACAUCCAUGAUGAGUUCCCCGCUACCGCUCCUCUGGACUAUGAGACUCAUGGCGGCGAUGAUGUUGCUGUUUUCGCAUUAGGUCCUUGGUCUCACCUGUUCACCGGCGUCUAUGAACAGAAUACCAUUCCGCACAUGAUGGCUUAUUCCUCGUGUCUAUCGGACGGUCUAACCUCAUGCUCCAGUUCUAAUGCAUAGAUUUAGCUGUCAAUAACUGGUUUUAAAUAUUAACAUAUUUUAAAAUAAAAUAUCAAA